CAGCUGGGUGGCAGAGGGGACAGGGACAGGGGACAGGGGUUUUGUCUCGUGCCACCUGUAAGCCAUGUAAGAUCCGGGGCUUAUCAAGACAUAAACCCAAUUCUUUUCAAAACUUGUAACAAGUUCCUGAGCAGGGAACCCGAAGACGUUCAGAAAUAGCAGACAGGUGGUCUGAGGACGAAGAACUCCCCAAGAAAGUUCCGCACCGAGGACGGCUCUCCAGUCCGGUUGGAUGUCAGCUGGGAGUGGGUCCAGACUCUUCAGCCGAGGAUCAGAUCAGAACCGUUUUUAUUUCUUCUUGCUGAGUCUGGGGGGCAGCGCUGCGGAAUGAGCGGGGGUCGCUUCGAGUUUGAUGACGGAGGGGCUUACUGCGGCGGCUGGGAGGGGGGCAAAGCCCACGGCCACGGCAUCUGCACCGGACCCAAGGGCCAGGGCGAGUACUCUGGCUCCUGGAACUACGGCUUCGAGGUGGUCGGGGUUUACACCUGGCCCAGCGGCAACACCUACGAGGGCUACUGGUCGCAGGGGAAGCGCCACGGGCUGGGCGUGGAGACCAAAGGACACUGGAUUUACAGAGGGGAAUGGACCCACGGCUUCAAAGGCCGGUACGGGGUCCGGGUCAGCGUGGGCAGCGGCGCCAAGUACGAGGGCACGUGGAAUAACGGUCUGCAGGACGGGUACGGGACGGAGACGUACGCAGAUGGAGGUACUUUCCAGGGUCAGUUCACUGGUGGGAUGCGACAUGGUUAUGGCGUUCGUCAGAGCGUCCCCUACGGCAUGGCCGCAGUUGUCCGCUCCCCACUUCGUACCUCCCUGACGUCUCUUCGCAGUGAGCACAGCAAUGGCACCGUCCUCCAGCAGGACAUCCCUGUCAUCACCACCACCAAUGCUUCAGGGGAAGAGACACCCGUCCCCACCCCGACCCAACUGGGUCCGUCCCGUGGGGGCUUCGCCCUGACUCUCCAGGUGGACCCCGAGGCCGUGAAGCCUAAAAAGAAGGGUCUGUUUCGCAGGGGCUCCCUGCUAGGUAAGUUGAAGAAGUCUGAAUCAAACACCUCACUGUCCAGCCAGAAGAGCAAGCUCAGCUUCCUGAGGACAGAGUCGGCUCUCAGCUCCAAUGCCAGCGACACAAACUCCACCAUCAGCGGGGAUGAGAGCCUGGCAGGAGCUGAGGAUUUCCCACCGGUGGAGGCUGACAUUGACGCCACCACCACAGAGGUCUACAUGGGCGAGUGGAAGAACGACAAGCGCUCCGGGUACGGAAUAAGUGAAAGAUCCAGCGGGCUGAAGUACGAGGGCGAGUGGCUCAACAACCAGAGGCAUGGCUACGGCUGCACCACGUUUGCUGAGGGAGGCAAGGAGGAGGGCAAGUACAUGAACAACAUGCUGGUGAAGGCCAUGAAGAAGAGGGUGAUCCAAUUGAAGGGAACCAAGAUCAAGCAGAAGGUGGAGCGGGCGGUGGAGGGCGCUCAGAGGGCCGCAGCUAUCGCCAAGCAGAAGGCAGAGAUCGCUGCUUCCAGGUCAGCCCACGCAAAGGCCAAGUCAGAAGGAGCGGAUCAAGCAGCUCAGGCCUCCAACAGUGAGUCCAGUAUUGCCAGACUGGUGGCCAAAGAGCUCUCUCCUUCCUUCUACCAGCCAGGUCCUGAGUACCUGAAGAAGAGGGUGCUGCAGGAGGUGGUGGAGGACACCGAGAACACCGACACCGUCAUGCAUGAGCCCCUGCUGGCUGAGGAGGAACCCCUACUCGCUGACGAGGAGCCCCUCCCCACUCCACCCGAGAGCCCACUUCCCAAUGAACUGGACGGCCUCAUGCCUGGCUCGUCCCCAGGCCGCACCCCGUCCCCGAGCCCGGCCAUCCCCAGCAAGGAGGACCCCAAACUCCUCGGUCCGAGGGGCUGGAAUGAAGACAAAUCCAGUAAAGUUGGUACCAUUAAGGCAGCCUCUAAGCCCAGCAGUCGGCCCAACACCCCUUCAACAUCAACUGCAGCCUCAUUAGCAGCACCUGAGGGAGGCUGGGCCCCCCGCUCCGCCAGCCGUCAAAGCAACAAAAAUGAGCAGGGCUCAGACCUGGAGAUCAAGCCCCUGCAGAAAUUAGACUCUGAAGCGAAGGCUGCAGUCUUUGUUCCAGCCCCUGUAAGAAAUAGCCUCAUCGCAGCAGAUGAAGAAGAAGCACCGCGCCUCGCCUCUCAUGUGACUCCCAAAGCUGUGACCCCCGAACCUAAGGCCGCCGAGGCAAAACCUGAGGCCGUUUCAUCGGCCCACGAACCAACGCCAUCCACCUCCGAGAAGAAAAAACAGUCYAGGGAGGGGAGCAGGCCGAGCAGCAGAGCAGAGACAAGACCACUACCAAAACGACAACCCAGCCCUGCCCCACCUCCAAAACCUGCACCCAGUCAGGAACCGAAAACUGUUCCAAAGCAAGUGGAAACUAAAGCCAUAGCUGCCAAACCAACCCCGAAGAUCGUGGUGUCGAGUAAAGAGACGAAAACAGAAGCUUCAGAACUGGAGGUCACCAGUGGUGCUGGAGACAGAUGGACCAGACAUUGGAGACACCACUGAUGGCUGAGCGGAGCCCCCUGCAGACSCCUGGCAGGUUUUAGAGACUCUGUGAAGCUCCUCUUUCUCCAGAGCUCAGAGAAACCGAAGGACCCUGAAGAGCUGGAGCGUCUCGGUGCCUCUGAACYGGAUUGUUGUGUUUAAGUUGCUAGCUGGAAGGUUGAGUACGUCUCAGAGCAGCGCUCCCAAACUCAKUUUAGUCACGGUGUGUCCUCCAGGGUGUUGUCAUUUUUGUUGAACGGCUUUAAACUACUUUUAACUUAAAAGGCUCCCACCGGCUGGCUCUCACUGAAUCAGUAACUUAUUACACAACCGUCACAAUGUAUGUUUUGAUUUUGUAACUGCAACUGCUUUGGGCUGAUUUCUGUCUUCACUGUGCCUUCAGACUCUGCAUCAGACGUGUGGACUAUUUUUAGAAUAACUGUUGCUGUCAGUGUUUUUAUUCAUGCCCAGRGUCAAGCAGCUGGAAAAGAUGAGCUAAAAUAAGUGUGUCUGUGUUUGGRUCACUUGAAACACUUCUCUCAGUGCAGACAAGUUAUUCUCUUCUUGUUGUUGCUUUUAACUCCCAUUUAAAACCAAACAAAAAGGAAAGUGUCGUGAGAGACAGUUCUCGUAAUUACAUCUCCCAAAACUGUUAGGAUUGUAGAGUAGGACAGUGUAGGACAAUGUGGAAUGUUCUGUUUGAAACUGGGAUUUACAGAAUGUGCUUGAGUUGUUAUUCUGCUGCUUUUGUUUAGAAAGAAGCUAAAAGAGAUGGAGAAGGAAAACAAGAGGCAUUAAGAAAUGUGUMACUGCUGUUGCUGAUGUUUUAUAUGUUCCUGUAGUGUAAGGCUGGACAACUGUAGGCUCCCAAACUGUGGCAAAGGAAACACUGAGUCUGCAGCCACUUUUAUCCAAAAACUACCACUGUCUUGGAGUGUAGGAAGUGAGAUGGACUCCUUUAACUGUGAGUUUCUGAAACCUGUCCACACUCAGAGGGCCGUUAGUUAGAGUACUCAUGACGUCACUACAUGUCAGACUUUCUGUACUGUUUUUUGUUGAAAUGCCCCCCUUUUCAGCACUCAGACUGAUCUGAAUAUAAAGAUGAAUCUGAAUGCUGAGAAGAAAAUAAAUUGAUUUAGCUCACAGUAGUUAGAGACUGAACAAAAAAACUAUCCCUGAAUGAUUCUUAACUCCAUGUCUUACAGUGAAAAGAGCUUCUUCUGUUGGGGGAGGGGGGGAGCACUACAAAGACUAAGUUGAAGCUGAAGUUGUUCUGCUUUUGAGUGAUGAAAAACUGUUGAGGAAGUAAAAACAUAAUAAUUGUUAAAAACAAACAUGUUUUAAUAAAAGUUCUGUGAUUCUUCA